UCUCGACCGUGGCUGAGAAGUAGCCAGUAGCUAAACUAGCUUCGUGCCCAGCUGAAAGUCAGCAUCGUCGCCACUCCUCCCAAUAGGAAGGGCGCAUCCCGGAUAGCUAGCUGGCUAGCUGUACUCGGCAUAACGAUGGCAGUUAACCUCAGCAAAAAUGGCCCUGCAUUAACGGCUGCAUUUAAAGAAGUGGUAGAUGAAAAAUCCAAUACCAACUGGGCCUUGUUCACCUAUGAGGGAAACAGCAAUGAUAUCCGCCUGGCAGAAAAGGGGGACGGAGGACUGGAGGAGUUGGUUGAGGAAUUGAACAGCGGAAAAGUGAUGUACGCUUUCUGCCGGGUGCAGGAUCCAAACUCUGGCCUGCCAAAAUAUGUCCUCAUCAACUGGACUGGAGAGGGAGUGAAGGAUGCCAGGAAAGGAAUAUGUGCCAAUCACGUCCGCUCCAUGGCCGAUUUUCUUAAGGGUGCCCACGUCACAAUAAACGCCAGAGGAGACGAGGACGUGGAGCCCGAGGCCAUUAUGCAGAAGGUGGCCAAAGCAUCGGGGGCGAACUACAGCUUCCACAAAGAAGCUCCCAGCCGCUUCCAGGACAGCGGUCCUCAGGGUCCCGUGGGCUCAGUCUACCAGAAGACCAACGCGAUGUCCGAAAUCAAAAAGACCAACAAAGACAACUUCUGGGCUCAGGCAGAGAAAGAAGAGGAGAAACGUCGGCAGGAGGAGCGGCACAAGGCAGACGAGGAGCGACAGAAGAUGGAGAAAGAGAGGAAAGACAGAGAGGCCAAGGAGGCAAUGCAGAGGGACAAAAGGGACAAGGAGAGGUCCACUCAAAUCGACCAACAAAAGAAGUACCAGCAGCAGCAGGACGCUGAGAGUAAAGACCAGGAGAAACCACGUGUGGAGGAGCAGGAGGAGAACCAGGCAGCCGAGAAGAAAGCAGUCAAGAGAGGUGAAUCUGUGGAAAAGGUCAACGAGGCAGCUUCUCUCAUCUCUCAGCGUGCCAUGAACCCCAGAGAGAUGUUCAAGCAGAGAGAGAGGGGAAUAACUCCCAGUGACUCCGACGUCCCCUCUGCAGCCCCUGCCAGCCCCCACCCAGGCCGUCUGCAAAGCGUCUUUCUGUCUAAGCCAGUGUACGAAAGUGAGCGAGCCAGCUCCCCUCAGCGCCAAGCUUCUCCUGUGCCAGCAGGCUCUGCCUCUCCUGUCCGUGCCACAGAGCCUGAUGUGGAUGAUGGACAGUCCCGCUGUGAGUAUGAUGAGCAGGAGGCCACCCCCCAGGAGCAGUGUGAAGAGGAGGCACCGGCUGCCAACUCCUACGUCCAGGAGACUGCUUAUGAAAAGCCCGCUCAGCCCCCCGUGGAGGAGAACAACUUGUACGAGGUGACAGCCGACGAGACACCAGACAGAGGCACCUGUGCCAGAGCCUUGUAUGACUACCAGGCUGCUGAUGACACGGAGAUCUCGUUCGACCCCGACGAUAUGAUCACCGGGAUCGAGAUGAUAGACGAGGGCUGGUGGCGGGGCUUCAGCCCAGACGGCCAUUUUGGAAUGUUCCCAGCCAAUUACGUCGAGCUUAUCUAGCCCACCUCCCCCUCACCCCCUUUCUCCCUUUCCCAAAGUCAAUCCUCGUACACAAGUGAGCCGAUCGGGCUGAAACGGAGCAAACGAUCCUCCGCAGCAUGGACCAAUCAACGGAUGGUAAUUGUGGGCCAGACGCUUUCAAAAUCUCUCCUCUAUUCAAAAAAGGCAAUUCCAAUUAAAUUGUUGAUGUUGUGAGCAACUGAUGGUAUAAUUUAGUCGGACCAAUACUCCCUCCCCUCUCCCCCCAGAUAUCCAUCUCUUUUCCUAUAAAUGUGAUGCAGUACAAUAUUGGCCUUUUUGUUAAGUCUUAAAUUCCGUUUUGUUGUGAGCAUUAAAUAGCACUUCUAGUCCACAUUCCUUACAAAGUGACUUCACUUCUGUUUCAGGUAUGAUUUUGUUGUCACUUGUAGCAAACGCUCCUGUACAUUUCAGGAGAGAGAAUUAAAAGAAAAAAAAAAUCAAAGAUAGUGGUACCAGCUACAGUAUAAUCCUUUGCCUUGUUUUUGCCUUUUCUUUACCGGCAGACUGAAUUUUUUCUUUCCUUUUUUAUGUGAUUGAUUUUGUGUGAAUUUCAAACCAUGUUUUUUAGUUCUGAUCUCAAUGUGGUUGAAGUGAAUAUUAAAAAAAAAAAAAAAGUUUGCUGUGCUCUGGGUGGAUUUAGUCGACCCGUUCUCUCUCCCAGCGGGUCAGAAACCGAUGCUUGGUCUGCGGCCUUUGGCGUUAGUUACUGGCGCAAAACGUCUCCUUUUUAGCGGCCAGACGCAGUGGGCUUUCUAAUGUAAUCCCCUCCGCUGCAGUAUUUGACGCUCUGCGUAUCCCUUUGGCAUCAAUUUUCUAUGCGCUCGGUCGGGACUCUUGGCGUCACUCUUUUUACGCUCUUGAUCUGUACCCUUGGUGUCUCCUAAUGGAAGUCCUGUGUUCGGGCCACUGGUAAAGUAAAAAUAAAUCGUUAUUUUAUACCACUAA